GCGCCCCCUGCUGUCUGUUAGAUGUUGACAUGCAGAUCAGAGAGAAUCAAUGGAGGAGACAAAGUGGAAAUAAAUCUUCAUUUCGGACUCAUUAAACCGUCACCAGGGGCGGAGCUUCCCAGAGGCUAUGAUGGAGGACACGGAGCCGGAGCUUUCCCCCGCCACCUCUGAUCAGAACAGCCCUUGCCCCUCCCCUUCUCUCUCCAUCUCAUCCUCCCCGUCGCUGUCCCUCCCCUCCACGCCCUCAUCUUCCUGUGGCCCACCUCAGGCGGUGACCCCCCCUCUGGGUGUGAUCAGCGAGGGCGUUGGUGAGCUGAGCUUGGUGAUCGACGCCGAGGUGGCUCAUCGGGCUUGUCAGGAGGUGUUACAGCAGGUGAAGCUCAAACAGGUGGACACCGACGGCAGCGGCCUAGAGAACGGGGAGGUGCCGGCUCCUGAGCCCGCCCCUGCUCCUGCCACAGCUCCGCCCAUCAUCGUGAAGCCAUUGAAGAUCCGAGAGGAAGAUGAUGACCCCGAUGGACCUGCCCCUGGUACUGUGAAGAGCGCCCGGCGGCGACAGAGACAUAAUCCCUCCAAACAGUCGUGGCUGCUGCGUCUCUUUGAGUCAAAGCUGUUUGACGUUUCCAUGGCGAUCUCUUACCUUUACAACUCCAAGGAGCCUGGCGUGCAGGCCUACAUUGGGAACCGCCUCUUCAGCUUCCCCCACGAAGACGUUGACUUCUUCCUUCCACAGCUGCUUAACAUGUACAUCCACAUGGACGAGGACGUGGGCGACGCCAUCAAACCAUAUGUGGUCCACCGCUGCAGACAGAGCAUCUCUUUCAGCCUGACAUGUGCGUGGUUGUUGGGGGCGUACUCUUCCGACAUGCACAUCUCCACACAGCGCCACUCCAGAGGAACCAAACUCAGGAAACUCAUCCUGUCAGAUGAACUCAAACCUGCAGGGCCCCGAGCUCGCAGAGACCCCCUAACUCUGACUCCGUUCUGUCCCGUCUCAUCUCACAACACUGGCCCUGGGCCCCUGGGAGGAGAGCACAGCCUAUCGCCUUCCAAACGCACACAUCAGCGCUCCAAAUCAGACGCCACGGUCAGCAUCAGCCUGAGCAGCAACCUGAAGAGAACAGCCAGCAACCCCAAAGUGGAGAGCAGCCAGGAUGAGCCGGUGCGUCUGGCUCCUCAGAGGGAGUUCAUAAAGUCUCUGAUGGGGAUCGGGAAGCGUUUGGCGACACUUCCCACCAAAGAACAGAAAACUCAACGUCUGAUCUCAGAGCUCUCACUGCUCAACCACAAACUGCCCGCCCGGGUGUGGCUGCCCACCGCCGCCUUCGACCACCAUGUUGUCAGAGUGCCACACACCCAGGCGGUGGUUUUAAACUCCAAAGACAAGGCUCCCUACCUGAUCUACGUGGAGGUUCUGGAGUGUGAGAACUUUGAGACGUCCAGCGUUCCCAUCCGGAUUCCAGAGAACCGGAUCAGGAGCACGCGCUCGGUGGAGAACCUUCCGGACUGCGGCAUGACGGCAGACCAGAGGGCCGGGAGCUUCUCCACCGUCCCCAACUACGACAAUGAUGACGAGGCGUGGUCCGUGGACGACAUCGGGGAGCUGCAGGUGGAGCUCCCUGAGGUUCACACCAACAGCUGUGACAACAUAAGCCAGUUCUCUGUGGACAGCAUCACCAGCCUGGAGAGCAAGGAGCCGGUUUUCAUCGCUGCAGGAGACAUCCGGCGGCGUCUGUCAGAGCAGCUGGCUCAGGCCCCCACCACCUUUAAACGGGACCCCGAGGACCCAUCAGCUGUGGCCCUGAAGGAGCCGUGGGAGGAGAAGGUCCGGCGGAUCAGAGAGGGCUCGCCGUAUGGUCACCUUCCCACCUGGAGGCUUCUGUCCGUCAUCGUCAAGUGUGGAGACGACCUGAGGCAAGAGCUCCUGGCCUUCCAGGUGCUGCAGCAGCUCAAGUCGAUUUGGGAGCAGGAGCGCGUGCCGCUAUGGAUCGAGCCCUAUAAGAUCCUGGUGUUGUCAUCGGACAGUGGGAUGAUCGAGCCGGUAGUGAAUGCUGUCUCGCUCCACCAGGUGAAGAAGCAGAGUCAGCUAUCUCUGCUCGACUACCUGCUGCAGGAGCACGGCGCCACAACCACGGAGGCCUUCCUCACCGCUCAGAGGAACUUUGUGCAGAGCUGCGCCGGAUACAGCCUCAUCUGUUACCUGCUGCAGGUCAAAGACAGGCACAACGGGAACAUCCUUUUGGACGCUGAAGGUCACAUCAUCCACAUCGACUUUGGCUUCAUCCUGUCCAGCUCGCCAAAGAACCUAGGCUUUGAAACGUCGGCCUUCAAGCUCACCUCAGAGUUCGUGGAUGUGAUGGGCGGUCCAGAUGGUGACAUGUUUAAUUACUACAAGAUGUUGAUGCUUCAGGGUCUGAUCGCAGCGAGGAAACACAUGGACCGAGUGCUGCAGAUCGUCGAGAUCAUGCAGCAGGGCUCCCAGCUGCCAUGCUUCCACGGGUCGAGCACGCUGCGGACGCUAAAGGAGCGUUUCCACAUGUCUCUGACCGAGGAGCAGCUGCAGCUGCUGGUCGACCAGCUGGUGGAUGGAUCCAUGAGGUCACUUACCACCAAACUCUACGAUGGCUUCCAGUACCUCACUAAUGGCAUCAUGUGACCCCAGGCCACACCCCCUGACAUGUGUGUGCGUUAGUAAGAGAGAGAGCAGCCUGAACAAACAGAGACUGAAACAGACUGAAAACCUCCAGAACCUCCACAUCUGUCCUCGUCUUAUCCCUCCUCUCUGUUAUUUAACUGUGGUCCCCUUCUUUUAAUCUGUUUCCUGUUCUUCUUCUCUUUGUUGUUUUCUUUGUGACAUCACCUCUACGUCUUCCUUAUUUGUUGUUUAUUUUAUUGUUCUAACAUCAUCAUCGCCUCUUAUCCAUUUCUUUCUCUCUGAAUCCGUUUAAUCUGUCGUUUUGUCGUCUCCUCCUUUAUGAAAUCUUUGUCAUUUCUCUUUCUUCGUCUCUUUCCGUAUUUGGGCGUAUGUUCCUGAUUGGCUGCUCAGCCGGACUCUUAGCCAAUCAGAGAGCGGCCCAGUUUUAGUUUGAACUGUGAACAUGCAUCAGGUGUUUGGUUUUUCCAGGUGUGGAGCGGAUUAAAGGACCAGUGUGUGUUUUUUUUACGUUUUAACUGUGAAGAGUGAUCCAUUAAACCAAUCAGAUCCUGUCA